CUCCAAUAAUUAUUUUCUAAUUUUGAAAAACAUAUAUGUAUUUAAUUCGAAAUGUAGAUGGCAAACAACAACAACACAAACAACCUCACCCUGCGUUCCAUUCGGGAAAAGGAAAAAUUGAAUGGAACAAACUUUGUUGACUGGCAACGCAGUAUCUCCAUUGCUCUCCGCAUGGAUGAGAAAGACUAUGUGCUCGAAAAGCCCCUUCCUCAUGCCCCUCUCGCUAACACCCCAAAAGCGGUUAAAGAUGUCUAUGAGAAACACGUUAAGGAUGACAACUGGGUUAGCUGUGUCAUGCUGGCAACCAUGACAUCUGAGCUACAAAAACAGCACGACUACAUGAAGGCCCACGCCAUGAAGGGCAAUCCAGACAUGAACAUUUCUUGUGAGACUAAGAAUGCCUUCCUAGUAUAUGGCGGAAAAGAAGAGCUUAGUAUUGUCGGAUAUACUGAUGCCAACUUCCAGACUGAUAGAGACGACUUCAAGUCGCAAGCAGGGUAUGUGUUUUGUUUGAAUGGCGGAGCUGUUACCUGGAAGAGUUACAAGCAAGACACUACCAUUGAUUCCAGUAUAGAAGCAGAGUACAUGGCUGCAGUCGAGGCAGCCAAGGAAGUUUGGCGCUUCAAUCUCGAAGGUUUUCUCACCAGUGCAACAACCUCCAUCGGCAAAGAUGAUGUUGAUUGGUUGCAACUUGAUGCUCUCAUUCAAGAAUGGAUUCUAUCUACCGUUAAUGACGAAGUUUCGGAUCUCAUUAUCUACUCCACCACCUCUACCGCGGAUCUUUGGAAAGCCAUUCAUAAUUUGUUUCACGAUAAUAAAGCCGCUCGAGCCAUGCAAUUGGAGCAACGCUUCUACAACACCAUCAAAGGCGCAUCCACUAUCGCCACUUAUUGCCAAACUUUGCGGAAUAUAGCCAAUUGGUUAGAUGACGUGGAUGCCCCGGUAACGGAGAAUCAGCUCAUCUUGCAAACCUUAUGUGGCCUUCCCAAGGAUCUCGGCUCCAGGCGUCCUUUCUGCAAUUCCAAAAACCCCCCGCCGAUUUUCAUGGAGACCCGAUCUGCACUUCUCCUCCUCGAAGGACAACGUUGCCCACAAACUGCUCCUUGCGACGAGGGAACUGCCCUGGGCACCCUCGGCCACGGUGGACAUGCCGGUUUCCGGCAGCAGGGCCGCGGUGGUGCGCCUGCAGGUGGCGGGCAGCAGGGCGGCAGUGGACAGCACUAUAGCGGACAGCUUCAUGGCGGACAACCUCAGGGCAACGGCGGACGCGGGUACGGCUAUGGUGGACGCGGUGGACAACCGAACCGCGGUCACGGUUGAGGUCGUAACUUUGGAUCCAACU